GCCUUGUGGGCGGUGUGGUAGCGGCUCCGGUAGUCGCUUUAGAGCUUGCAGAGUGGCGGUGUCAUCGUGAUGAACCGGACGAGCCCCGACUCGGAGCGGCCUCCGGGGUCCGAGCCCGUGUGGGAACGGCCCUGGUCCGUGGAGGAGAUCCGCCGCAGCAGUCAGAACUGGUCGCUGGCGGCUGACGCCGGUCUACUACAGUUUCUACAGGAAUUCUCACAGCAGACUAUCUCCAGGACUCAUGAAAUCAAGAAGCAGGUGGAUGGAUUAAUUCAGGAGACCAAAGCCACACAUUGUCGUCUGCAUAAUGUCUUCAACGACUUCCUCAUGCUGUCUAACACCCAGUUCAUUGAGAAUCGGGUGUAUGAUGAAGAAGUGGAGGAGCAGGUGCUCAAGGCGGAGGCAGAAAGAACAGAGCAGGAGAAGACUCGGGAACAGAAAGAAAUAGAUCUGAUUCCUAAAGUUCAGGAGGCCGUGAACUACGGGUUACAGGUCCUGGAUAGUGCGUUUGAGCAACUUGACAUAAAAGCAGGGAAUUCAGAUUCUGAGGAGGAGGAUGCCAAUGAGCGGGUGGAACUGAUCCUUGAACCAAAGGAUCUCUACAUUGACCGGCCUUUACCCUACCUCAUCGGCUCAAAGCUCUUCAUGGAGCAGGAAGAUGUUGGGCUUGGAGAGCUGUCCAGUGAAGAAGGCUCUGUGGGCAGUGACCGUGGGAGCAUUGUGGAUAGUGAAGACGAGAAGGAAGAGGAGGAGUCAGAUGAAGAUUUUGCCAGUCAUAGUGACAAUGAUCAAAACCAGCAUACCACACAGAUGAGUGAUGAAGAAGAGGAUGAUGAUGGAGACCUUUUUGCUGACUCUGAGAAGGAGGGGGAUGAUAUUGAGGACAUGGAGGGAAAUGCUCAGUCUAAGAGACCUACGUCUUUUGCUGAUGAACUGGCAGCUCGGAUCAAGGGAGAUAUCCCAAACCAGCGGAAAGAGGGACAAGUAGAUGGAAAACCUCCGAAGACAGUGAAGGAAAAGAAAGAAAGGAGAACCCUUCCCGAUGAUGAAGAAGACAUCUUGUUCCCACCCCCAGCGUUGACUGAUGACGACUUCUCACCAUUUGGCUCUAGAGGUGGUCUGUUCAGUGAUGGGCAGGGGCUUUUUGAUGAUGAAGAUGAGAGUGACCUUUUCAAGGAAGCCCCCCGGGACCGGCAAGCACAGGCUUCUGUUAGUGAAGAAUCUCCUCCAUCCCCUAAACCUGGAAAGAAAAUCCCAGCAGGAGCUGUUUCUGUACUUCUAGGAUAUACUGAUGUGUCUGGGUCCACCUCUGCCCCAUCACUGAAGGAGUUCCAGAAACAUGAGCAGCCCACUCCAGGGAAGAGCCCACAUUUGCCAACUCCUGCUGGCCUCUUUGAUGAUGAUGAUAAUGACAAUGAUGAAGAUGAUAACAACUUUUUUAUGCCAUCUUCUAGCAAGCCUUCCAAGACUGUCAAGUCCACUGCUAUUAUCUUUGAUGAUGAGGAAGGAGAUCUGUUUAAAGAAAAAGGAGCAGCUUUGCCAGCAGCUUCUGUGAGUCAGACAGAUGAGAACAAAACACGGGCAGAUAAAUCGAUCACCUUACCUUCUAGCAAAAAUCUGAAGCUUGUGUCAGAAACAAAGACUCAGAAAGGUUUGUUUUCAGAUGAAGAAGACUCUGAGGAUUUGUUUUCUUCUCAAAGUUCAAGUAAGCCAAAAAGUACAUCACUCCUGUCCAGCCAGCCCUCAACAUCAGUCUCCCUUUUUGGCGAUGAAGAUGAAGAGGACAAUCUUUUUGGGAGUGCAGCAGCUAAGAAGCAGACUUCAUCUCUACAACCUCAGAGUCAAGAGAAAACAAAACUUUCAGAGCAGCCCCCAAAGAAGACAUCUGCCUUGUUCAGCAGUGAUGAGGAGGACCAGUGGAGUAUGGCAGAUUCUCAUACCAAGUUAGCGUCUGACACUAAGGCCAAAGGAGAGCUGUGGGACUCGGGGGCCACCCAAGGCCAAGAAUCGAAGACUGUGAAAAAGACCAAUCUGUUUGAGGAUGAUGAUGAUGAUGAAGUUGAUCUGUUUGCUAUUGCGAAAGACAGCCAAAAGAAGACUCAGAGAACUUCCCUUCUCUUUGAAGAUGAUGCUGAUAGUGGAAGCUCUCUGUUUGGCCUUCCUCCUACAUCUGUUACUUCUGCAACAAUGAAAAAAGAGAGCACCCCCAAGGUGCCUUUGUUGUUUAGUGAUGAGGAGGACAGUGAGGCACCAUCUGGUGUGAAGCCUGUGGAUCUGAAGGUGGAUAAUGCUGGAGCGUCCCCAGAAGUAGGGAGUGCUAAUGUGGCCAGCAGGGCACAGAAGGAAGGACUUUUACCCGCAUCUGAUCAGGAAGUAGGUGGGCCUUCUGAUAUAUUUUCUUCUUCAUCUCCAUUGGACAAAGGAGCCAAGGGUAGAACCAGAACUGUCCUCAGUUUGUUUGAUGAGGACGAGGACAAAGUAGAAGAUGAAAGUAACACCUGUGCACCACAGGAUGGACUGGAAAAGGGUCUCAAAACUGAUAGCCGCCCUAAGAGCACAGGAGUCUUCCAGGAUGAAGAGCUGCUUUUCAGCCACAAGCUGCAAAAGGACAAUGACCCAGAUGUUGAUCUUUUUGCUGGUACCAAAAAAAUGAGGUUGUCAGUGCCAAGUGGUGGGAGCCUCUUCGGCGAUGAUGAAGAUGAUGAUCUCUUCAGCUCUGCCAAGACUCAGCCUGUGGUACCAGAAAAAAAAGGAACACUGAAAAAAGACCACCCUGUUUCCUUAAAGAAUCAGAAACCUUCUGAAUCUACUCAAAGUAGCAAAGAAAAAAGCACAUGGAAAACAGAAACAGCACAGGAUUCUUCAGGUCUCACUCCAUUUAAAAGCAGAGAGCCAUCCAGUCGCAUCGGGAAAAUACAAGCAAAUUUAGCAAUUAACCCAGCAGCUUUGCUGCCUACAGUGGCUCUGCAGAUCCCAGGAACAAAGCCUGUUUCAUCCGAACUAGCUUUUCCUUCAUCUGAGCCUGGAAGGAGCCACAUCCUGGAAAGUGUGCCCACUCUUCCUGGGAAUGAGGAGGCUGGUGUGAGUUUCGAUCUUCCAGCCCAGGCAGAUACCUUACACAGUGCAAACAAGAGUCGUGUUAAAGUGAGAGGAAAGCGGAGACCACAGACCCGUGCUGCUCGGCGCCUGGCUGCCCAGGAGUCCAGUGAGGCUGAGGACGUGACUGUCGAUAGAGGACCUGUUGCACAGUUGAGCAGUAGUCCUGUCUUACCAAACGGCCAUCAAUCUCUUCUGCAGCCCAGGAUGGCCAGUGGAGAGACUGUAUCUGAGAAAUCUAUAGCCCCACCUUGGGAAGGUGGUCCUGUUUUAUCUACAGUGGACAGAAGCUUCUUUGUAAAGUCCCUGUCUCAGACUGGAAAUGAGGCUGACCUGUUUGAUUCUGGGGACAGCUUUCCCAAGAGCAUAGGAUCACAGUCCAUGGAGGGAACAAGUGUCAAGGCAGGGGAGACCCCGGCCCACUUGUCAGGAGGGUGUAAGGAGAAGAGUCUGGUGUUUCCUGAUCUCAGUGAGGACAGCAGUGCCGAGGAUCUUUUCCAGUCUGUCAAACCAAGGCCAACAAAGACAAGAAAUCCUUUCCCACUCCUUGAAGAUGAGGAAGAUCUCUUUGCAGAUCAGAAAGGCAAAAAGAAUGAGAGGAAAUCUGACAGCCAUCAGGACAUUGUGUCAAAAACUGAAGACAUCUUUGAGGAUGAUAUAUUUGCUACAGAAGCAAUUAAACCUUUUCCAAAAAAAAGAGAGAAGGAGAGAACUUUGGAACCCAACUUAUUUGAUGAUAAUAUUGAUAUCUUCGCUGACUUAACUGUAAAACCUAAAGAAAAGCCCAAAAAGAAAGUUGCAGCCAAGUCCAUGUUUGACGAUGAUACGGAUGAUAUUUUCUCCUCAGGCCUCCAGGCUAAAGCAUCCAAACCCAAAAGCCAAUCUGCCGAGGCAGCAUCUGAACUAAGAUCUGAGCACAAAGUGUCCAACAUUUUUGAUGACCCCCUGAAUGCCUUUGGAAGCCAGUAGAGCAUGCAGGGCCUUGACAGUUCAUUCCUCCUUUGUGAUGCAUUCUCCUACACUCUCGUCUUCACUGGAUUACAGGCAAAUAGUGAAACAAUCACUUCUACUUUUACCCAUUGUAGCUAAUAUUUUUCAGCAUUCAUUUUAAUUAUGCUUAAAAUUACAAAUAAAAAAUAAAAUGCUUCACA